GCUUACAUGGAGAAGUUGAGGAAACCACCUAUGAAUCCAUUUACUGAAUUCACGGAGAAGCCUACAAAUGAUGGAAGUCAUUCAGAAGAAUUAUUUUCACAUAUUAAAAGUAGAUCAGAGAGAGAACACCUGCCACGACAUGCCAGUGAAAGUCAUCUCAGCUGCCUGAAGCAAGACAUUCUAAAUGAAAAGACUGCAUUGGAAGCAACCCUUGAAGAAGCUGAGAUGGCAACCUGUUCUGUGGAAUUACUUUUGCCGUUGUUUAAGGAUACUAUUGAAAAGAUUAGUUUUGAAAAUGCUAAUCUUUCAGCAUCUGAUUUGAAGAAGAUUUUUGAACAGAAGGAAAUACUAACAAAAGAAUUAGAUACCUUUAAACGUGUAAAGCAAGCAUUAGAACAUCUGCUUAUAAGGAAAGAAUAUAAACAAGUAGGAAACAGAUUAUCCAGCAUAUUGUUAGAGAAGCUAACUGAUAAUGAAAAUGAAAAUACUCAUCUUAAGAAGAAGGUACUUGAAAAGGAGGCAUAUAUCCAAGAACUUUCUAAUUUGUUUCAGAAUGAAAAGGCAAAUGCCGUGAAAGCAAACCGUUUCUCACAGUCAGUAAAAGUAGUACAUGAUAGGCUACAACACCAAAUACAUAAAAAGGAAGCAGAAAAUGAUAAGUUAAAAGAAUAUAUAAAGAGCUUAGAAAUAAAGAUAACUGAAUGGAAUUUGCAGUUGAGGAAGAAUAAGCAUGAGGCUGUAGUGAUCAAAGAAUCAAGUAGGCAGAAAGCUGUAGCUUUGAAGAAGGCAUCGAAAGCUUACAAACAAAGGCUUGAAAAUUUUGCAGAAAGCAUUGAGAACCUUACUUCCCAAAUUAGAGAUCAGGAAGCCAAGUUGUCUGAGACAAUUUCCGCCUCCAAUGCCUGGAGAAGUCAUUAUGAGAAUAUUAUAAUAGAAAAAACUGGGUUGGAAGUUCGGACUGAAACUCUGAAAAAGCAAAUCGCUAAUUUUUUGGAGGACCUGAAGAAAAUGGGAGACCAUGGAAAAAAAUCAUGUGAAGAAAUUCUUAGAAAACUUCAUUCUAUUGAAUAUGAAAAUGAAACUCUCAAUCUUGAGAAUACAAAAUUAAAGAGUACACUUUCUGCUUUGAAAGAAGAGGCUGCUUCUGUUGAAAAUGAACUUUUAGAAUUGCAAGAAGUAGAAAACCAACAGAAGACCCUUAUUGAAGUAUAUAAAAAUCAGGUACAGAAGUUGCAAGAAGCAGCUGAAAUAGUGAAAAGCAGAUGUGAAAAUUUGCUACAUGAAAAUAACCAAAUAACAAAACAUAAAAAUAAAAAAUUAGAGAAAGUUGAUGGAAAUCACAGUCUUCUGACAAGGCUUUCUCUAGAAGAGGAGAAUUAUCUUAUUCAGUUGAAGUGUGAAAACCUUAAACUAAAAUUGGAACAGAUGGAUGCAGAAAAUAAAGAACUUGAGAAAAAGCUGGCAAACCAAGAAGAAUGUCUUAAGCACGGCAAUGUUAAGUUUAAACAGAAAUCUGAAGAAUAUACAGCAUUGGCCAGGCAGCUGGAAGUUGCUUUAGAAGAAGGAAGAAAAAAGGUUUCUGAAGAAGUAGAGAAAAUGUCAUCUAGAGAGAGGGCUUUACAAAUUAAAAUAUUAGAUCUGGAAACUGAGCUUAGAAAGAAAAAUGAAGAACAAAAUCAACUUGUUUGCAAAUUUAACAGUAAAGCACAACAUCAGGAAGUAUGUUUGAAAGAAAUACAACAUAGUCUUGAGAAGUCGGAGAAUGAAAAUGAGAGUAUUAAGAAUUAUUUGCAGUUUCUUAAAACUUCAUAUGUAACUAUGUUUGGUUAAAUUAUUAAAAGUAUUUUCUACAAAUGAUAGGUUUUUACUAUGAGUCUAAAAAUUGAUUAAGUGAAAAAUAAAUAAAUAAACAUACUACAUGUUGUUAUACUGUAAGAUUCAUAGGUUGGUGGUAUAGGAGUUUUUAUGUAAAGAUUUUUGAAACAUAAUUUAUUAUCCAACUGAAACUUUAAAACAAGAUAGAUGUUAAAAUUCUUCUUUUUUGAAAUAA